AUGCUUCAGGAAGGUGAUAUAGAUGUAGAUUACGAAAAUGAGGAGGACUUGAAUGACUUAACACUUAAAUACAAUGAGUGCAUUGAAGAUUUUCCAGAUGAGUUAAUAAAUAAAGACUUAUACCUUUUUAAACGGAAACCAAGGCAGACCUCUAAAAGUUUGUAUCCUCCAAAUGAAGUCAAGCGUGUGAGAUUCCAGGAGAAUCCAAUCGAGGAACAAGAACCCUUUAGCAAUGACAUGCCCCAAUUUAAGCCGUGUAUGGAUGAUCGUGAUGUUGAGUUUGCUCAAGAUAAACAGAAACUAUUUGACGAACGUACUCCUACUCCUGAUGGGCAGAUUAGACAUUCGCCACUUACAAAUCAAGAUCUAUUUAUUCAUCAGCAACAACAACUUAUGGAACAAGAUACACAGUUGGAUCAUUUAUCAGAUUCAAUACGUCGCAAUCACAGGCUGACUGUGGAUAUAAAUAGAGAAGUUACAGAUCAAAAUGACGGGGUAUUGAAUGAUCUGGAAAACAUGCUAAAUAGUUCUACUCAAAACCUGGAUAGAGCAAGGAGGAGGCUUCAGAUAUUUGAAAAGACUGCGAGAGAAAACGGUCCGUGUUUUAUGAUUGUGGUUUUGUCGAUGAUUCUCGUACUGUUAUUGGUUGUAUUAUAG